CGGAUGCCUUCCGCAUGCAUCUAGUGCACCCCCAUGGGCUCCCAUCGGUACAUCUUCUAGCUGGUCCUUCCGUCUUGCGUUGAUCCUGAGUUGUCGUCAUCUCUCUUCGGACUUUGCACAACUACUCCAUUAUUAGGACAAGAAGUUGUCAGGCUCUCGUGCAAGGGAUGUCGAUAAGCUUCUGGUACGGCCAGUUUAAAAGUCUCUGGAAUGUUGUGAUUCUAUGGUGGCAGUGAUUUAACCCUCUCGAGCACAUCAUGACGAUCACUUUCGACAUUCCUCCUUACUCUCGUCCACCGCCAACGAAGGAGGAGCUGGAUUAUGCCCCGCUUUCUGUAGUUGAUCUCAGCAAAUGGGACCGUCCAAAUGGCAAAGAAGAACUUGUCAACGACUUGCGGGUCGCCAUUGAGGACGUUGGUUUCUUGUUCGUCGUGGGCCACGGCAUAGAGGAUGAGGAGGUGUUGAGACAGUUGUCCAUCGGGGAUGCGUUUUUCAAUCUCCCUCUCGAGGUGAAGCGGCAGCAUCCCUGCGACUUCUCUGUUGGAAACUAUUUUGGGUAUCGCGAGCCGUAUCAAAUCUUGGGAGAUUCAGGGGUCAAGUCGAACAUCGAGAUGCUCAAUCUGCCCAAGGACACUCCCUCUCUCGCCCACGAGAGGCUUCGGUACGACUUCCUGGAGGAACUACGCUCCGAGACCAAGGCCUUCCAGGUCAAGCUUCAUCAGCGAAUCCUUGAGCCCCUGUUGAAGCUCUUCGCGUUGCUUCUUGAACUGCCUGAGGAUUACUUCUCUGCCGCCCAUGCGUUCGAUAAGCCGGCAGAAGAUCACCUGCGUUAUAUGCGGUACACUCCGAACGAGCGUGAGGUAGAUGCCAAGAUCGACAACCAGUACACGAAGGCUCAUACUGAUUUCGGACUUCUUACCAUCUUGUUCCCCCAAAUUGUUAAUGGACUGCAAGUACGGACGACCUCUGGGGAGUAUAAAUACGUGCAGUACAUCCCUGGGCAUGUUGUAGUGAAUACGGCCGAAGUCCUCACCUUCCUAAGCGGCGGGUAUAUUAAGAGCACAGUUCACCGUGUGGUUCGGCCCCCUGAGGACCAGGCAUACGUCAAACGUCUUGGCUUGCUAUACUUCUCUCGCCUUGCAAACGAAUUUGACGUCAAAGUGGCCCCGUCGCCCCUUCUCCAAAGGCUCGGGUUAUACGAUCCCGCUAAGGAAGAUUCUAACCCUCCGAAGGGUCUUGAGUGGGGCAGGGCGCGCGUGAAGCACACUCAUAACAAGGUCGUUUUUGAGCACGUUGAUCACCCUGUUGCCCCGUUCAAGUACAAGAAUCAUGAGAUCAACCUUGAAUACAAGGCCCCGCCAGUUUUGGGCGCAUCGCCUGCGCGUACUCCGAUUUCCGUUUGAUCUCUUGUCCAUAUGUAGAGUGGUGUCACUCUUAACGGGUCAGUGUGUGUAUGAACUAGCAGGAAGUUGUAGUGUUUAUUGUGCCUGUAGAAGGCCGAAGUCAUGCUUAGUCAACUUGUAGUUUUCCGUAUAUCUAGCAGAUUCCGGUCUGUAUCCUCGAGUUUAUGAACAGGCUUUGUCUCCGAAAGCUUCCGAGACGUGUAUUAUUUCUUC